AUGGCUGACAAAUCUGACAAAACGAACCCAAAUCUACCAUGGGUAGAAAAAUACAGACCAAAUAAACUAGAUGAUUUAAUAUCCCAUGCUGAUAUCAUCAAUACAAUCAGUAAGUUUGUAAAAGAAGAGAGAUUACCUCAUCUAUUAUUCUAUGGACCACCAGGUACUGGUAAAACAUCAACUAUUCUAGCAGUAGCUAAACAGAUUUAUAGCCCUAAAGAGUUUAAUUCUAUGGUGUUGGAGUUAAAUGCAUCAGAUGAUCGAGGUAUAGGAAUAGUUAGAGGUCAAAUAUUAAGUUUUGCCAGUACUAGAACAAUUUUCAAAUCAGGUUUUAAGAUAGUAAUAUUAGAUGAGGCAGAUGCUAUGACAAAUGAUGCUCAGAAUGCUUUAAGACGAGUUAUUGAGAAGUUUACAGAAAAUACCAGAUUUUGUAUAAUAUGUAACUAUUUAUCUAAAAUUAUACCAGCUCUUCAAUCACGUUGUACGAGGUUUAGAUUUGGUCCCUUAACAACAGAUCAGAUGGUACCUAGAUUAGAAUAUGUUAUAGCACAGGAAGCUAUUAAAGUAUCAUCAGAUGGAAUGAAAGCCUGUGUUACUCUAGCUCAAGGUGAUAUGAGAAAAGCUUUAAAUAUUCUACAGAGUACGUCUAUGGCCUAUGAUGAAGUAAAUGAAGAUAAUGUCUAUACUUGUGUUGGUCAUCCAUUACGUAGAGAUAUAGAAAGUAUAGUUAACUGGAUAUUAAAUGAAAACUUCACUACAGCUUACAAAAAUUUAUUAGAAAUAAAGACAGCUAAAGGUCUAGCAUUACAAGAUGUUUUAUCUGAAAUUCAUCAAUAUGUACAUAGAAUUGAACUUCCAAUGAAAGUCAAGUUACAUCUUUUAGAGAAAAUGGCUGACAUAGAAUAUCGACUGGCAUCUGGAACAAGUGAAAAGAUACAAAUGUCUUCAAUGAUAGCAGCAUUCCAAUCAGCCAGAAAUCUCAUAGCUCAAGAUGCCUAG